AUGUCGUUUAAAAUCACGAAAACGGAAUGUUUAGAUUUCAGUCCAACAUUUGAUUCUCGUUUUGGUUGCGGUAAAUCAGAUGAAGAAAACACCACUUCAAUACCCGUACUGAGUUUAGUUCAGUUCUCUUACGAGAGAGCUCCUUUCGUGCCAUUUGGGAGGGUUAGGUUAGGAUCAUCAAAAUCACUGCCUUUACGAAUUGAUAAUCCCACCGAGGAUGCAACAACGGCAGUCAGAGUGGAUAAAAUCUCAGCAUCCAAAGGCUUUUCAAUUGACCAGACUUGUUUUAGUUUUCAGUCUGAGGACAGUAUUAUUUUAACUGUCACUUGGACACCAGUUGAAGAAGGUGGGGUUUGAGAACUCCUCACAUUUGUUGCAAAUGGCAUUGUCAAACAUCAAGCAAUACUGCUUGGAAAAGCAGAGGCGACAAAAAAGAAAAAGAAAACCCUAUGGGAUUCAAUUAAACCCAAGAAAGGGGUCCCAGCACCAACAAAAGAAAAAAAUGUGGCUUCGAUGUCAAUAAAGGCAACAAACAAGACAUUUCACGUGUCUUGCCAGUCGCGAUACAGCAAGGAUAGAACAUCAAACCCGUUGUCGCCAUUAAACCAGGAAAGGCCUGCCAAUGGCGGAAGUAUUGUCAUUGCAAACACGCCAUUGUCCACUCCACCGAUUUCAAAGCCCGCAUUUGUAACAGAGGCUUUUGAUGAUCUGCAUUUACAAAGUAACUCUCCAGUUGUUGUUGUAGUACCAGUGGAGAGAUUGCUUGAUACACCAGAUAAAAAGGAUGUGCCGCCUUUAUAUAAAGAAGAGUGCAAAGUGAUCACAAGGGUUUUGAAUAUAACGCUCUCUCCUACUAGCACUCCAGAGAGGUUUAGAAAUUCAUUACAUUACUUUCAGAGUCCACUAACUGUGAUUGGAAAAUUUUCACAGGCUGAACGACUGGAACCAGAGAAACCAUCUCUGUCUGUUAAAAAUGCUCUCCAUGUUAUAGGAUCAGAUCUUGCACAUGCAAUAAGCCCUCCAUAUGCACGCUCAAGCUUUGACUUUUCCGAUUCUCUUGAAUCUGAAAAGUUGGAUCCAGAAUCAGUUGCUGAAACAUCAUUUAAAGCCACUGUGGACAGUUCCCCACCAGUUGAAGCUCCUCACCCAAGGUUGACCUACUGUGUUAAACCCAACAAAGCCUUAGGAAUAGAAUCAAAUCAUGACCGGUUUCCACUCAAAUCAUUACCUAUAAGCACCUCUACAGUGACUAAGUUGAAUAAAGUGGAUGAUGCCCUUGAUCUUGAAGAUUUGAAGCCCAAGAAGGUUCCAAUUAAUUCUACCACAGUGACCAAAAGCAAAGCAGAAGCCUCUGAGAGUCCAGCCUUGCGUAAGAAGACCAGACGCAGACUUCUAGAGAAGACCUUGGAGCUCUCAGAACCUAGUAAUGCAGAAUCGAACACAAGCUCUCCGGAGAGCAACUCUUCUCUACCCAUCAUUGGCUCUGAUUCAAGUGCAGAUGUGGCCCUUGAACCAAAAACUCUCCUAACUUUAAUGCAGGUUACAACAGAGAAACCAACUUCAUAUUUAUCCCCACCUUCUGAACACCUUUUGUCAUUAAUUUCCCCCAUACGCUCUCAGCCUGAAGUUCUGCCCUCCUUUAGUCAGACUCAAAAAAACAUUCUGGAGUUGGCAAUUGCUAAAGCCUCUGACAAGGUGUCAUCAGGUCUUUGUUUGGACCAAUUUCCUGUGCAUUGCAAGACAUUAGCGGCAAAAAAACGAAAAAGUCAUGAAUUUUUGAGAGAUCACCCCGAAGACACAUCAAACCUCCAAGCGAAGAAGUGCCGAGAGAAAACAUUAACUUCAAGGACUACAUCUGGACAGCAGGAUCGAAACCCUAUAGCUCCGCCGAGUUCAAAAAAGUUAACAAAACCUCCACUUAAGAAAUCCUUUCCAAAAACUAUUCAAAAUGAUGGUCAGUCUGUGAAGUCACUCAGUAUCUCAACUCGAAAGCCUGCAAAGAUAGUGGCUGUGGCACAGGCCAAACUAACCUUUAUGAGGCCAACGCAGACAGCCAUACUAAGGCAUCCACUACCAUUUGCCGCAAAGAACAUGUUUUAUGAUGAACGAUGGAUUGAGAAGCAGGAAAAGGGCUUCUCCUGGUGGAUGAAUUACUUUCUCACUCCUGAUGACUUCAAAGUUGCUACUGAAGUUACCAAAGUGAGUGCCUUGUCUAUAACAAUGGGAGAUGAGAAAUUCAACAUACCCAAGCCACCAACAAAGGAGGAGAUGUCUUUUAGAACUUACACAGCCCGUCAACGUCUCAACCGCCUUCGGCGAGCUGCUUGCAAGCUUUUCUCUUCAGAUACCAUGGUAAAGGCCAUCCAGAGACUGGAACUGGAGGUAGAAGCCAAGAGGCUUCUUGUGCGAAAAGACAGACAUCUUUGGAAGGACAUAGGUGAGCGUCAAAAAGUUCUCAACUGGCUUGUAUCGUACAAUCCACUUUGGCUAAGAAUUGGACUUGAGACAAUCUUUGGGGAGCUGAUAUCACUUGAAAGCAACAGUGAUGUCAUGGGACUGGUGAUGUUCAUUCUUGGACGUCUGCUCUGGAACCCAGAUAUAGCUGCUGAGUUCAGACACGCUAAAGUGCCCCAUUAGUACAGAGAUGGCCACGAGGAGGCGCUCUCUCGCUUCACUCUAAAGAAACUUAUUCUGCUGGUCUGCUUUCUGGAUAAGGCCAAAGAGUCCAGACUGAUUGAACAUGAUCCUUGUUUGUUCUGCAUGGAUGCUGAGUUUAAGUCAAGUGAAGAUCUCCUCUUGGCAUUCUCACGAGACUUCCUCAGCGGUGAAGGGAUUUUAUCACAUCACCUCAGCCACCUUGGCUUAGCAGUGUCCCAUGUUCAGACUCCUUUGGAUGAGUUCAACUUUGCCGUGAAGAAUCUUGCUGUUGACUUGAGAUGUGGCAUUCGUUUGGUGCGUGUCAUGGAGCUCUUCACUCUAGACUGGACUUUGUCUAAAAAGCUCCGGAUACCCACUGUUAGCCGCCUGCAGAAAGUGCACAAUGUUGACAUUGCACUGCAGGUGCUGAAAAACAAAGGUGUAGACCUUAAAGAUGAGUAUGGAGCGACCACUGACUCCAGAGACAUUGUGGAUGGACACAGGGAAAAGACCCUGAACCUCCUUUGGAAAAUCAUCUUCACCUUCCAGGUAGAAGUGCUACUUGAUGAGAAUCAGCUCAAAGAGGAAAUCAGUUUCCUCUGGAAAACCUGGAGAACAAAACAGAAGUUGGCCUCACUAAUGGCUAAUAGAGGUGUUGUAGUGAAGAAGAUGAAGGCCAGACAAGCAUUUGAAUAUCCCAGCCAGAAAGUAACACUGUUGCUGGACUGGGUCAAUGCUGUUUGUGAGUUCUACAAUUUAAAGGCUGAGAACUUUACAGUGUCAUUCUCAGAUGGCCGUAUCAAAGGAGCUGUCGGAUGCCUUACCCACGAUGCAAGCUGGUAACUUUUACAUCCUAAUUUUAUAGGUAAAGUAUUUUUUUCAUUUUAUCAAUGUAAAUAUCUUACUAACUGUGUGCUUUUUGUGUUGGGUUCAGAAUCCCUUUCAGUGGACUUCAGAGAGCUUUUAGAGAAUGAGAGAAAUAAUUUUCAGUUGGUGAACACUGCUGUGUCUAAUCUUGGAGGAGUUCCUGCCAUGAUAAAUCCAGAGGAUAUGUCCAACACAAUCCCAAAUGAAAAGGUGGUCACAUGUUACCUCUCCUUCCUUUGUGCUCGUCUCCUGGAUCUCCGCAAUGAAACAAGAGCAGCCCGUGCCAUUCAGGGUGCAUGGCGGCGAUACAAGCUACAGAAAGAUAUUGAGCUUCUAAGGCAAAAGAACCUGGCUGCCAGUAAAAUCCAGGCCCUUGUGCGGAAGUUCAUUCUGAGAAAAAGGCUAAUUCGACAGAAUAAGGCAGCCAUUAUGAUCCAGGCCUUCUGGAGAGGAUACGCUGCACGAGAAAAGUUAAGAGUGCUACAACAAGAAAGACAUUUUGCUCUUCAAAAGGCAGCUGCAACUGUAAUUCAGAAAACAUACAAAGCUUGGAGGAUUCAAACUGUCCUGAAGGAAAACCAUGCUGCUUCUCUGAUCCAAGGGGCUUUUCGAAAGUGGCAUGCAAACAGAGUGAUGGAAAGAAACACUGCAGCCUUGCAGAUUCAAUCAUGGUACAGAAUGCAGAGUUGUGUAAAACAGUACCUGGAAAUGAAAAGCAAUGCUAUCUGUAUUCAAGCAUGGUUCAGAGGUCAUAUUCAAAGAUGCAAUUUUGAGACUUUAAAAAAAAGGCAUAAUGCUUCAGUCAUAAUUCAGAGUGCAUUUAGGGCCUACCUUGUGAGGCAACAGAUAUCUAAAAUGAAGCAAAGUGCUGUCUUUAUUCAGAGGUGGUUUCAAGCCUGCAUGCUUAGGAAAGCAGAGCAGAAGAGGUAUCUGGAGCUUAAAUCUGCAGUUAUCACUCUGCAAGCAACUCUCCGUGGAUGGAAGGUCCGCAGAACAGUGGCUCAACGCCAGCAAGCUGCACUUCUGAUUCAAACUGCUUUCAGGAGGCUUAUGGCUCAAAGGCACUUUAUGUCUUUGAAAAGAUUGGCCAUCAUUCUACAACAGAGAUAAGUACUUGGAGACAAGGUAAGACAGGAGUGUAAGUCUCUUAAAUUCGCUUCAGUGACAGUCCAAGCAAUGUGGCGAGGACGAGCUGAGAAGAGGAAGAUUGGUCAACUUCACACAUGUGCCAAGAUCAUUCAGUCACACUAUCGUAGAUAUGCGGCUCAGACUCAGUUUUUGGAAAUGAAACGGUUUGCCUUAGUCAUUCAAAGACAAUACAGAGCUCUCAAAGAGGGACAGAAAAUGUACACAGAAUACACUGAAAUUAAAAAAGCGGCCAUUGUGCUUCAGAGUGCUUAUCGUGGCAAGAGAGUAAGGCAAUACCUGCAGAAGAAGAACAAAGCAGCAACUUUGAUUCAGUCAGCGGUGAGGGCAUAUAGUUGCCGGCAGAGGUUCUUGGCUCAAAUACAGGCAGCUAUUGUCAUUCAACGAACCUAUCAGGCUUUUGCGCUUGGACGAUGUCAGAGAGACCAUUUUAUGCACUUGAGGCAGGCCACUGUAACGCUCCAGGCCAUAUACCGUGGCUCCAAAGUGAGACUAAAUUUAAGACGUGAGCAUCAAGCUGCUACUAUCAUUCAAGCUCAUUUCCGAAUGCAUAAACUACGCAUUGCAUUUCUUGCUGAAAAGUUUGCUGCUAUCGUUAUACAGCAACGAUACAGAGCUUACAGAAUUGGAAAAUGCACACAAGCUACAUUCUUGCAGAUGAAAAAUGCUGCUGUAGUAAUUCAGUCAGCGUUUAGAGGAAUGAAAGUUCGCAAUCAUUUGCAAAAAUCACACCAAGCUGCAACAAUGAUUCAGGCUCAUUUCCGAGGGCAUUCCCAACUCAAAAAGUACCAAAGACAACAGAUGGCUGCAUCAAUUUUUCAACAGCGAUUCAGGGCUAUCAUGACUAAAAAUGCUGUCAUGAAGCAAUAUGCAGCUUUAAAAAAAUCUGCACUUUGUAUCCAGUCAGCUUUCCAUGGAAUGAUGGUUAGGAAGCAGAUUGCAGAAAAUCACAAAUCUGCCUUAAUAAUCCAGAAGACAUACAGAGCGUACAAGCAACGCCAGAAUUACCUUUCUCUCAGAAGUGCCACCAUCCAUAUUCAGCAGCAAUACAGAGCAAUUUUAAGUGCAAGGCAACAACGUAAAAGCUUUUGCUGCUUGCGAGCAGCUGCCAUCACCUUGCAGUCUGUGUACCGAGGGAUAAAUGUAAGGAAAGGGAUCAAUAAAAGACAUGAAGCAGCCACUGUGAUUCAGGCCUGGUACCGAAUGUACAGAACUAGAGUGCCAUUUAAAGCCAAGAGACUUGCUGCAGUGGUCAUACAGAGACAAUACAAGUACCAUCUACUGAGAAGAGAGGCAAGGGAGAAUUUUUUACAGCUGUGGAGUAGCGCAAUAGUAAUUCAGGCUAUGUACAAAGCAAACCGGACACGGCGUGAAAUUGCUAGAAUGCAUUUUGCUGCCACAGUCAUUCAAAGGCAGUACUUUGCCUACAAAGAAAGAAAGCACUUUUUGUCUAUCCGAGCAGCUGUUGAAUUCUGUCAGCAGCGCUAUCGAUCCAAUUUGGCAGCAAAAAAAAAUCUGAGAGAUUAUGUUGCUAAACGCCACGCUAUUGUUUCAAUCCAGGCAGCUUUCAGAGGAAUGAAGGUCCGCCAACAGGUCCGCGUAGAGCAUGAGGCUGCAACAAUCAUUCAGUCCCAUGUGAGAAAGCACAUUCUCAAGUUGCGCUUCAAGAGACUUCGGUGGGCAGUUUCUGCUGUUCAACAGCGUUUCAGAGUUAAAAAAAUUAUGAAGCAAGAUAUGGCAGCAUUAAAAGGAAAGAAGAAUGCUGCUGUGGUUCUACAAGCAGCAUAUCGUGGCAUGAAGUCCCGACAGACUUUGAAACAAAUGCAUUAUUGUGCCAGCGCCAUUCAGAGAACGUUCAAGGCUUAUAGUGCUCGUAGACGAUAUUUAGCCCUAAAAUGUGCCGCCACUGUUAUUCAGCAAAGAUAUCGUUUCAGAAAUGCUGCCAAACAGCAAAGAAAACACUUUCUUAAAAUGUGCCAAAGUGCACUUGUUCUGCAAGCAUGCUACAGAGGUCAUAAAGUUAGGAGGACUAUAUUACUACAGCAUCAGGCAGCUGUCUUGAUUCAAUCUUAUUUUAGAUGCCACAAAGAGAUGGUAAAGUUCCAGACCAUGAGAUUGUCCGCAAUCAUUAUCCAGAGCCAUUACAGGUCAUAUACCCAGGCAAGAGCAGAUCGGGAGAACUAUCUACUUUUGAGAAAGUCUACCUUAGUCAUUCAGGCAGCUUUUAGAGGACUCUAUGCCAGGAGACAAUUAGAUGAAAUGCACAAAGCUUCCAUCAUCAUACAGGCUGCAUUCCAGAUGCAUAAGAAAAGGUUGGUAUUCAAGAGACAAUGCUGGGCGGCCAGGAUUCUCCAGCAGAGGUUCAGAGCUUUGAAACUCAGAGACAAGCAAGUGCAGAGAUUCCAACGUGUGAGGAAUGCUGCAAUAUGCCUUCAGAAGUCUUUCAGAGGGAAGAAGGGAAGAGAAUUUACCAGACGAACCAAAGCCACAAGAAUCAUCCAGGCCUACCUAAGGAUGUCUGUCCAAAGACAGCAUUUCCUGAAAGAAAAGGCUGCAGCAAUUGUUAUUCAGUCUGCUUACAGAGGCUAUUGCACCAGAGUUGCGCAUGCUAAGAUGCAAGAAAGUGCAACACUUAUCCAGAAUUGGUAUAGAUCCUGUAAACUCAUCUUGAAAGAACGGAAUGGAUUCGUAGGUCUUCGGCAAGCAACGCUUACAUUGCAGUCUGCCUUGCGUGGAAUGCUGGCGAGGUGGCUUGCAAAACGGAGGCAAGCUGCAAUCAAGAUCCAGUCUGUGUUGCACAUGCACGUACACCGCAAGUGCUAUAUGAUGCUCUCCUCAAGUGUUGUGAAGUUGCAAGCGCAUUACAGAAUGUUUGUGGCCCAGAGAAGAUACCACAGAUGUAAGUCUGCAGCUGCUACUCUACAGAAGCAUUACAGAGCACAUAGGGCAAAAUUAGAGCAGAGAAGGCGUUACUGUAAGACAAUCCAAUGCAUCAAGAUCCUUCAGGCCAGAGUGCGUGGAAGCAUUGAGUACAGAAGAUUUCAAAGAUUAAGGGCAAGCACCAUCAUUAUUCAGGCACAUUAUCGAGGAAUGAUUGAGAGAUACAAGUUUCAGAAACUCAAGGAAGCUGUUUGCGUUAUACAGAAGCAUUACAGGGCUUUCCGAAUCUGUCAGAGAGAGCGUGCACAGUUCCUUCAGCUGCGAAGUUCUGCUGUUGUGAUACAAACAGCAUUUCGUGCUUAUCAAGAAAGACAACAUGCUUUGCAAACACAAGCUGCGUGGACAAUUCAGGCCUGGUUCAGAGUACACCAAGCUAGGCAAAACUACAUCUUAAAACUGGCUGCUAUUGCAACCAUUAGACGAUGUAUUCAAACAAGAUGCCAACGUUCAAAAUAUCAAGCAGUCCAGCACAGUGUUCAGAUCAUUCAACAAAGAUGGAGGGAAACUCUGAUUGCCAGAAAACAGCAAGCUGACUUCCUGAGGUUAAGAAUGUCUGUUAUAUGUAUCCAGGCAUUAUGGAGAGGUGCAAGUGUUAGAGAUUCAAUUCAAAAGCAAAUAAAAGCUGCUGUGAAGAUACAAUCAGCUUUCAGAGGUUGCACCGUAAGGCGACAGUAUAAACGGCAGAGAGCCUCCGCUAUAAUUCUACAGCAGCAUUUCCGAGCCUUGCAGCUAGCCAGAGUCGAGAAAGAGAAUCUAAGACGACGACACAAUGCUGCAGUUUGUCUACAGGCUUUAAGUCGUGGUUGGCUCACAAGACAAUGGGUACGAGCAGAAACAGCCACCAGACUUUCACCAGAAUGCUGUGAACGUCUUGUUGAAAGUGGAGCCACACGCACCAUCUUCACUUUGAUUAGGAGCUGCAACCGUAGUGUGCCUUCAAUGGAGAUCAUCACCUUAUCCAUCCAAGUCCUUCUCAACUUGUCAAAAUACAACAGAACCAUUGAUGCCGUCUAUGAUGUUGACGGCUCUGUAGAAACUCUACUGGAUCUCCUGCAGAUCUACAGGGAAAAGCCUGGUGAUAAGGUUGCAGAUAAAGGGGGCUGCAUCUUUACCAAGGCUUGUUUUCUCUUGGUUCUGUUGGUCCAGGAUGAAAGGAGAGCAAUGGAGGUGCGAAAACAGCCCAAGACUUCAUAUCGCAUUCACAGCAUUUACCGGCUCACGCUUCGAAAAUGCAAGAUGGACGCAGAGAGGACCAAGGUCAAGCAGAAAAUGAAUGCAUCUCUCAAUGGGAGUUUCCUUCAAGCCACCCCUCGCAAAUCAAAACCAAUGGCCAGGUUUGCUCCAGACUGGGUUCUACGGCGUGACAAAAUGAAGGACAUUGUCGACCCUCUUCGUGCUAUUCAGAUGCUUGCAAAUGCUCUUGCUCUGGUGCCUUGAAAAUAUUUGCAGCAA